CCCCACUCUCCGCCCCGGCCGCCAUUGCCUCGUGCCCGCGCCGGUCGGUUGGUGGCGCCUUUGUCCUACGGCGGGCAGGUGGGCUGAGGCGGAGGCGGCAGGGGCGGGCCUGAGGCGAAGGAGCGGUCGGGAGCCCGCCGCGCUGGUAGCGAUAUUAAUAAGGCAGCGGAAAGAAGAAAUAUGAAUACGGCUCCAUCAAGACCCAGCCCCACACGAAGUAUACCAAUAAGGCAGAAGUAAAAUGGAAUAAGUAGGCAAGAUGGACGAAUAGUCAGCCUGGAAGAGGCUAAUCAUUCUCUAAGGAGAUCCAUAUGGCUUUGGAGACGUUCGAGAUACAAGACGUGAUAGAUCUCCAAUCCGAGGAAGUCCAAGGAGAGAGCCCAGGGAUGGCAGAAAUGGCCGGGAUGCCCGUGAUAGCAGAGCCAUGCGAGACCCCCGAGACUUGCGGGACCACAGAGAUAGCAGAGACAUUCGGGAUCACAGAGACAGCAGAAGUAUGCGUGAUGCUCGGGACAUGAGAGACCUUAGAGACUUUCGUGAUCUAAGAGACUCUAGGGAUUUUCGAGAUCACCGGGACCCCAUGUACGACAGAUACAGAGAUAUGAGAGAUUCCCGAGAGCCCAUGUACAGGAGAGAAAGCUCUUAUGACCGAUACCUGCGAAUGGAUGACUAUUGCAGGAGGAAGGAGGACGCUUACUUUGACCGCUACAGAGAUAGCUUUGAUGGACGAGGCCCUCCAGGCCCAGAAACUCAGUCUCGUGCAAAAGAGCGUUUGAAACGUGAGGAACGGCGUAGAGAAGAACUUUAUCGUCAGUAUUUUGAGGAAAUCCAGAGACGUUUUGAUGCUGAGAGGCCUGUUGAUUGUUCUGUGAUUGUGGUCAACAAGCAGACUAAAGAUUAUGCUGAAUCUGUGGGGCGGAAGGUACGAGACCUGGGCAUGGUAGUAGACUUGAUCUUCCUCAACACAGAGGUGUCACUGUCACAAGCCUUGGAGGAUGUUAGCAGGGGUGGGUCUCCUUUUGCUAUCGUCAUCACCCAGCAGCACCAGAUUCACCGUUCCUGCACAGUCAACAUCAUGUUUGGAACCGCACAAGAGCAUCGCAACAUGCCCCAGGCAGACGCCAUGGUGCUGGUGGCCCGAAAUUACGAGCGCUACAAGAACGAGUGUCGGGAGAAGGAACGUGAGGAGAUUGCCAGACAGGCAGCCAAGAUGGCCGAUGAAGCCAUCCUGCAAGAAAGGGAGCGCGGAGGCCCCGAGGAAGGAGUGCGUGGGGGGCACCCUCCGGCCAUCCAAAGCCUCCUCAACCUCCUGGCGGAUAACCGGUACCUCACUGCCGAGGAGACGGACAAGAUCAUCAACUACCUGCGAGAGCGGAAGGAGCGCCUCAUGAGGAGCAGCGCCGACUCUCUGCCUGGCCCGAUUUCCCGCCAACCACUCGGGGCGACCUCGGGUGCCUCGCUGAAGACACAGCCAAGCUCCCAGCCGCUCCAGAGCGGCCAAGUGCUCCCCUCUGCUACACCCAGUCCAGCUGCACCCCCCACCUCCCAGCAAGAGCUUCAGGCCAAAAUCCUCAGCCUCUUCAAUAGUGGUACGGUUAUGGCCAAUAGCAGCUCUACGUCCCCCUCAGUUGUUGCCGGAAACACCCAGAACCAGAAUUUUUCCACAGCACCGAACAGCCAGCCUCAGCAAAGAUCACAGGCCUCUGGCAAUCAGCCUCCAAACAUUUUGGGACAGGCGGGAUCUGCUCGGAACAUGGGCCCCAGGCCUGGGGCUCCUUCCCAAGGGCUCUUUGGCCAACCUUCCAGUCGCCUGGCAUCUGCCAGCAACAUGGUUAGCCAGAGGCCUGUGUCUUCCACAGGCAUCAACUUUGACAAUCCAAGUGUGCAGAAGGCUCUGGACACCCUGAUCCAGAGUGGCCCUGCUCUCUCCCACCUGGUUAGCCAGACCACAGCACAGGUGGGGCGGCCCCCGGCCCCGAUGGGAUCUUAUCAGAGGCAUUACUGAGGCUCAGUCUCUCAACUGUCCCCAGUCCUGUCAUCCCCUGGCCUCCCACCUACUGCAUUCAAAUAGAGUUAUUUGGAAGAUGUUCUCUGCGCCUCUCCAGGUCUACAUCGAAUGUUUCUACCACCUGCUCUCUCUUCUGCCCAAGGCUGUGUUGCUUAUUCCUUCCAGAGUCAGAGUUCAUACUGCAUUUGGGGGUAUAUCUUUUUCUGUUGUUUCUGGUUUUUGUUUUGUAGGAAAUAAAUCUCUCUGGGGUCACUUGGGCAGUAUAGGUGUCUGGGCUCAAUUUAUAUGUCACGGGUUUCUCUGGUCAAUCUGUCCGCUGGAUCUGGGGGCGGGGGGGGGGGCAGGAGGAAGCCAAGCCCAAUCGGCUGAGUUUGGAACGGCACUUCCGUGUCAUUCGCCACCGCCUUUGUUCAUUGUGAAUCUACCAAGGUGUUCCAGCUUUGCUCAAGCUCCGGUCUGCAGCUCCUGCCUAGGGUUGCAGAGGACCAGCGUGGGCUUGGCCAGCACAGUGCCGUCAUCGUGCCUCCCAUCCCACAUGUAUGGGAUCUGCUUGAGGAUUCAUAGAUCAGCUGCUCUGGAGUUGUCGAGAAGUAUCCGUGGCAGCCACAGAAGCAGACACUUUUCUGCAUCAUCCAGGAUUGUUGGUUUAGAGCUUUCUUUUUCUUUUCUUUUCUUUUUUUUUUUUCUUCUUCAUUUCAUUGGAGGAUCUCCAAUGGGCUGAACGGCUCCAGUCACCAGCAGUUCAACAAGAACUGUGAAUCUGGACCCUGACCACUCUCACCCCCUUAACAUUUCUGUCAGCCUCUCCCUCUCCAGGCCAGUUUCAUGGAGGCUCUGAGAAGGCAGCUCCAGACUCUGGCACGGAACACCCAUUUCUUUCAGUGAUUGUUUUGAGCUUUUGGCUUAGAAAUCAGGUUCUUAUUUUCAUCUGGAUUCUUAUUCUGUUUUCUGAGAAGCAGGAGGUAGGGACCAUUUUGAUGUCAGACUUUUGGUAGCUGGACAUAUCCUUGAUACAGGUGGCUGUUGAUAACUUUUGAGCCAGAGUGAAAUUAUUAGAGGGAGGACUUCUGGCUGCUGCUCUAAAUGGAGCCAAAGGAAGCUGCCCUCUCCCUAGGGGUGGUGCUCAUUAGAGCCCUGUGGAUCGCAGUCUCAAGGGGCCGCUGGCAGGGACGAGGGAGAGCAGUGACUUAGCUGAGUCCCUGCCAAUGGCUGAGCAAACAAUGAUUUAAAAAAUUCAAGGUCCCCAGGCAGCAGCGUUUUAUGUUCUGACCUGUUUGUGUUAUAGAGUGUUUUUUUUCCUCUUUGGAAUUCUGUGUUGUUAAUAAGAUGAGAUGAUUACUUUUUAAUUAAAAUGAAAAAGUAAAA